CGAACUCGCCCCUAAGUAGAACUUGAGUUAUUGCGGGCCAGCUUGACGCCAGUGGAACACGUUUGAAGAAGAAAAACAGAAGCUGUCUGCUAAGAUGGACAGUGACUGCUAUAAACUUUGUGAGAAGUUGAUACCAGAAACGUAUGUACAGCAGGGACAACAAGCCAAACAAGUCCACCAGAACAAGAUCAGACAUCUUCUAGAACAGAAGAAGCUGCCAGAGGAGGGUUGGAGUGAUCUCACAAUUGAGAUCCUUCUCCAGGAAUUCUCGGUGAUGGAUAGUAACAAUUUUCCUGGAAAUUGUGGGGUUGGGGAAAGGGAAGCCAGAGUUUUCUCCCCUUUAGUGCUAAAGCGUCAUUACAAUUUUGGGCAUGGAAUCGGUCGAUCAGGAGAAAUCACAGCAAUACAACCAAAAGCAGCAGGAUCAAGUCUGAUAAUGAAAUUAGCCAACAGUUUGGCUCUGGACCUCAUCAGGCUGUGUGGUAUUCCAUCUGUUAAGAGCUGUUUUGUUGUCCCUAUGGCAACGGGAAUGAGUAUGGUACUCUCGAUGCUGACCUUCAGACAAAGUCGACCAGAUGCUAAGUUUGUCAUAUGGCCACGUAUUGACCAGAAGUCUUGCAUAAAGUCUAUCAUUACUGCAGGUAUAUCUUUCCCACUCAUUGGUCUUUUAAAUUCUUUUUGAGAUCAUUGUAAAUGA